AAAGAUAAUAUGACUGCUGAGUGGUGACGACGAGAGUGGAAAUUUGGCUUCUAGUGUAGGAUUGUGUAUAAAGUCAACUUCAUUCCCACAAGAAGUCUCAAUUACUACAUAAACCUCACAUUCAACCAUUUCUGUCCUCAAUAAUAAUAUAAUUAUACACCAAACACAACUUUACUCAAAAGAAACCAAACAACAUGGCUCAAGUAUAAAACAAGAUAGUUCUACUCUUGAGGAUAAUCAACUGACAACCUUCUUAGAGCAACGGCGUUAUGCAGGAACCGGCCAUCACCACGAUGAAUGGUGCUCCCAUUUUGAAGCCAGCAUCUACUCAGAGAAUUGGUAAUCAACUUAGAGCCACUCUUUUACUUCAAGAUAUCAAUCUCUUGGAAUUAAUUCAACACAUCACUCAUGAGAGAAUCCCAGAACGGUAAGCUAACUCAUAUUCCAACGUAAUAAUCUUGGCUAAUCAAUCAUAUCUAGUGUCGUCCACGCCAGAGGCACUAGCGCUCAUGGAUACUUUGAGGUCACAGAUGAUAUCUCAGAUGUCACUUCCGCGGCUUUUCUCAACAAGGUUGGGAAGAAGACCGAACUAUUCUGUCGAUUCUCUACUGUAGCUGGUCGAGCAGAAUCAGCCGAAACUGUUCGGGAUACUCGUGGAUUUGCCUUCAAGAUGUUUACUGAGGAGGGUAAUUUAGAUUGGUUAUUCCUUAGCACUGUAAGUCAAUCCCGUCUGUCUAUUUGAAAAAAUUCGAAAAGCUCAUGUCAUAGCCUGUCUUUCCAAUUCGAGAUGGAGCCAAAUUCCCAUCCUUCACCCAUGCAACUAAAAAGAACCCACGAAGUGGUCUACCUGACCACAAGGCAUUUUGGGAGUAUGUUUUCGAUCUUUGUUGUGCUUUUGACAGACUUCUGACUUGUAUAGUUACUUCACUCAUAACCAAGAGGGAAUUCACUUCCUCAUGUUUCUAUUCAGUGAUCGUGCUACACCGGUUGAUUUCCAGCAUGCCGACAUUUUCAGUAUUAACACGUACAAGUUCACCAAAUCAGAUGGUUCUUUCACAUAUGUUAAAAUUCACCUCAAAACUAACCAAGGAGUGAAAAACUUCACGCAGGAUGAGGCGAAUCAAAAGGCUGGUGUAGAUCCAGACUUCCAAACUCGUCGUCUUUAUGAAGAUAUCGAAAAUAUAAAGUUUCCAUCGUGGGAUGUUUAUGCUCAGAUCAUUGACCCAGUUAAGGCUGAGAAUUAUCACAUCAAUAUCUUCGACGCUACUAAAACAUUUCCAUUUUCAGAAUUCCCUCUUCGCAAAUUCGGCAAAAUUACACUAAACAGAAACGUAGACAAUUUCUUCGCCGAACAAGAGCAAAGUGCUUUCAGUCCAACAAAUCUCGUCCCUGGAUGGGCUCUGACUCCUGACCCAAGUAAGUUAUUCUUUUACAGUCAACAAGAACUAUCUUGUUAUGUUCGUUAUGAUAUUAACAAAUUUACAGUCAUUCAAACGCGUGCUCUUGCCUACGCAGAUACGCAAAGAUAUCGCCUUGGAGCUAACUUCAUUCAAUUACCUGUUAAUGCUCCCCACAAUAAACCAUUCAAUCCUGUCAUACGGGAUGGAGCUGCUGUUAUCAAUGGUAACCUCGGUGGUACUGAAAAUUACUUUCCAUCAUCUUUCUAUAACGUUGGAGUAGCGGCACAAUAUGCACAACCUGAUGAGGAACAAUUUCAAGGGACUGUUGUCAACUUUGAGAGUCAAGUCGUUGAUGCAGACUACCUGCAGCCAAGAAUCUUUUGGGAGAAAACACUGGCUAGCGAGCCAGGUCAACAAGAUAACUUCAUUAGUAACGUUGCGGGUCAUUUAAGCGCUGUUACUGGAGAUAAGGGACUUCAGGUUAGACAAGCAGUUUAUGGUAUGUAAUCUAAUCAAGGCUCAACUCCAUGUACUAACAUACAUGUAGAAAUGUUCGGCAAGGUCAAUGCAGAUCUUGGAAAGCGUAUUCAAACUUCAACUGAGGCAUUGAUCAAGCAAAAUGAGACAGGUACUAUGACCAACGGCAUGGAAAAUGUCAAAAUCAACAAAAAUGGAAUUCCAAAUGGUAAUAGCCAUAACAGUGGUAUGUUCGCUCAUAAGAAUUGGGACUAGAAGGUGUGGGCACUUUUGUAUUUGUAGUUGUAUGCUGGAGAUUGAAAUGAGUGGAGUCCCUUUUCUGAAUUCAACGGUUUAUGUAGUAGUAAAUAAUGGGAUGUACUUUCCUCAUUCACAUGAAAGAGAAGAAAUAGAAGAAGGGGAUAGCUUUAAUACAUUUUGUUUUUGCAUGGCGCCUUGUAUGUGAGUAUUGGCAAACGAGACAAGGGAAUUGACAAUCUGGUAUUAUU